UAGACUAGGAAUAAUCAUAUCGAAUAUUACGUACUUAAUGUGCUCUUCUUUAUAAAAAAACCUAGAGCCUCUCCGUCUCUCUCAGUAUAAAUUCUCCACUCCUCUCACAUUCUCUCUCUCUAGAUCUCGUCUAGCCAAGACAGACACCAAUUAAUACACACACACUAAUCAAUACACCCUUGUGAGAGAUUAUGAUGGAGGUAAGGUAUUGGCGGAGGCUUAGAGGAUACCAAAGGCUAGAUGGUGGGUCGUCGGCCAAGAAGGCCAACCCGAGUCGGAGAAAUGUGAAGCGGGCCAAUAUGGAUCCGACCCGGAAAAGACGUUUACGGAGGAUCAAGAUAGUACCGAAGCUAAGGAUCUUGAAAAGGGCGGCGUCGCCUAAGAAGCUUCUAACGUGGCUUCGAGAUGCUUACGUCAAUAUGAUGCUGCGCCUCGCCAACUCUCGUGUCGUCGGGUCAUCGUACGGGUACGGCGAAUAUGGCUACGGGCCGGGUUUGGCGUCCAAGGAGUAUGACGAGAAGAAGCUGGUGGAGAUUUACAAAUCCAUAUUGAUGGCGCAGGGGAAUCUCAUCGUGCACCGCCAAGUACCUAAACUUUCUUUCAAUUCCUAUUGUGCUCUCAUCGCCCCUUAGGUUACUAAAUCCAUUCCCACAAUAAGUACAAUGAUCAAUGUUAAUGGUAUGAUCGUGAUGAUCUGUAUUAAUUAAACUUAAUCAUAUAUAUACUCUUGUGCAAGAUAUAGUGGAAUCUUCCAUCUUCUCCUAUCGAAUAAAGUCGAGAUUUGCAUUUA